GUCGAGCACGACGAGCACUACUGAUGAGCACACCAUCCUCGACACUAUCUGCCCGUCCUCACUCUCGUGCGCUGCAUCAACGGCCAUCCUCCAGCUUAUCCCAGCGCCCACCUUCCAGCGCAUCAUUUGGGAGACCAGUUUCAAGCGCGUCCUUGCGACCUCCAUCUCGCGUUUCUCGUCCAAGUUCGCGCAUUUCGCGACCGGUCACCAGACAGUCCACGCGACUUUUGCCUUUGUGCCAGACACUCAUCACACAACUCACUGAACUCGAUUUAGAGAACGAUGAGGAGGACUUCCGCAUUGCCCUGGAUUUCGUUUCUAGGAACUUAGAGCAUGCGACAGCAACGAAAGGGGGUCCGAGCUCUGACAUGGCUACCAUGGAUAGGCGAUUUCACGGUUUCAUCGAAAAAUCACGUAUACAAUCCAAUGAUACACUUGCGGAAGCAUUGGAGAUAUCGUACCGGAAAGUGAAAGAUAGCGCGAAGGAACUCACGAAUAUCGAUGGCGACAUCAAACUUUCGCAUCUUCCGGACCACCUGCAACUGCUUGCGCUUCUGUCUGCUGCACCAAUGCAUAUAGUCGAGGCGGUCAAAAAUCCACCAGAGGCACCACCCUCUCUCACCUGGAAGGACAUCCUGGACGAAGAACCCUUUGAGGGACAACACUGGGAGGGUGUUUACGGUUUGCCUCCAGGAAGCACGAUAGAAGGUUGGGAACAAAUGAGUGAUAGUAGUACCCCUUCGCUUUCACCCUGGGACGAGGACUCGGACGACUUGGAUGAUAAUGACUCGUUUACCUACACCGAAGAUCCGCCCUCAUCUCCUGUUCCUGUGGAACGAAUCUCCUCCUAUGGGCAGCCAAAUUUAAGCCUUUCAUACCAUCAUCGUAGGGUUGUGGAGGAGCUGCAAGCUCGACAGUACUGGAGAGAAGAAUGGCGAACAGAUGCCGAUGUAUCUCAACCAUUUAAUUUGGGCGAUGCAUCAACACUUGGUCCUUCGUUGAGCCGAGCCCUUGGUGAAAGAACAACUCUCUUGAUUGAUGGGCCUGAACACGAGAAAUAUAUCAACGAGCAUGACGCUGUUCGUGAGGUACUCAUGUGUCUCCAAGGACGCAAGAACUUCAUGAUCACCAGCAACUCGAGAUCCCCGUCCCUCAUGCGGCCAUCACCAAGUGCUCCUCGCCUGAUUCAUCUGACAUUAGCAUCUCAAACUUCUAUCCUAUCGUCCUUUGCGCAACUUGCAAGCAAGAUGUCCCACAUCAGAAAAUUCACCUCGGCAGUUUUUUCCAAUGUGUUUUCAACCUCAGACCCACCUCUGAGCUCAAUGCACCUUCUAUCUCACAACACGCGUUCGCAGACCAUCGAAGCUUUCGCGGAUGCAGUCGAUUCUCAGCUACAAAAGUUCGACCGCUGGUGCGCUGACAAAGAAGAACGGAUAUGUCGCGCCCAUGCAGGAGUAGGCGAUCAACUGGUCGUCAGUCUACUGAGUCUCGAAAAGGACGUCAGAGAUGCAUUUUCAGUGACCUUCGAUCUCCUUUUGGCCAUUCUGCGAGAGCUGGUGGGCUAUGUCGUGCAAUCGGAUAAUGCGUCCGACGAAGAAGUCUGGUUGUUGGCAUCCCUAUCUAGCCGCGUACCGCCCGCGGCUGUUACCGCCCAUUUACUAGACGCAUGUCUCCGUGCUGCCGAGGAGCAGUCCUCGCUGGGAGACAAAAUCACCGCCGAAGCUCUCACUGAAGUGUUCGUCAGAUCCGCACAGCCUGUUUGGGCGAUGGUGGGCUGCUGGGCCAUGGAUGGGAUGCCAGUGCGGGACACGUGGGAUUCUGAGAAUCACACCCUAGAUGAGGAGUUUUUCGUCGAGGAUAACGAACUCCCGCUUAUUGACCCUGAUUUCUGGGCGGAAGGAUAUGUUCUUCGGACUUUGAGCGACUUUGAAGCGCCCAGAGGCGGUGCGCAGGCACUUUCGGUCCCGGUAUUCCUGGAGCGUAUAGCUGAUCGUAUACUCGAGACCGGCAAAGCGGUUGGCUUACUACGAAUUUUGGGGAUCCCUUUACUGGACGAUCCAGAUGGCGAUCCAGUGGAUGAUCAGUGGCCAUCACUCACAAUGUUGAUAGCACAGCACAAAAGGGUCUCGCUCAUCCUUGUCUUCGACAAAAUUGCACCCUAUUACACAUCUUCGGGAGUCCAGCUCACUCAUACAUUCAUCAGCCAUUUCGCCGAUGUCAUCUUUGCAAAGAUGGACAGCCAGCAGCACUGGCAAGACUUCCAUUUCCUAAAUAGCGCAUUCAGGGAUGUCGUGGAUGCUAAUAAUACCACAAAGUGCAUCGAGACUUCCCUCGUUCGUCUCUCCUAUCGGGGAAGUAAAACCACCGCCAUCGCACAAACGGUGAAAGCCCUUGAUGGUCUACUCGUCGAGUAUGCUGUGCCUUUUCCAUUGGCGUACAUCUUCACGCCGCGUGUGAUGUCCAUCUAUGGGUCGAUCUUCGUGUUUCUUCUGCAAAUACGGAGAGCGAAAAGUGUUCUUGAACGCAUCCUUGUAAGGGGUGAAAUAGGGAGUGAACAGCAUAUGAAGCAUGAGCUGAAGGUAUUUUAUGCGAUGAGGGGCAAGCUAUCGUGGUUCAUCAAGUGUGUCCUAUACUCUCAGUUAGCGACAUUCCAUGAGAACUUCAAGGGGGCAAAGUCCCUUGAUGAGAUGAUCAAGAUCCAUAACGACCACUUAGACACAAUCCAGUGUGGUUGCUUGCUUCAGCCCGAAACUUCUGCCCUCCAUCGGGCUGUUCUAUCAGCACUCGACAUGUGUCUUCAUUUCAGCAAUAUUUUCGUCUCGUUUUCCGGUGACAGUACUCAUGAUAUCUCACGGCUUUCUAUCAUUAUGAAGCGCCACCGAAGUCGUCGCCAGAGACGGCUGCAUCGAGACGUCAUUGGAUUUUCUACGCCCAGGAUCAUCUCGAAUGAUGAAAGCGACGAUGACGACGACGACGAUGAGAUAACGGGCAAUGCACCCGAGCCUUCGUUUUCCCUGGCUGCCUCGGUGAUGAGCUAUGAGGGCGAUCUGCCCGGUCAUCUGGAUAAGUUAUCGUCGGAACUGGAUGGUGUUGUGCGUUUCGUUCGCCGAGGGAGCGAGAGCUCUGCACCUGCUUUUGGGGUUCUCGCGUUCGCAUUGGAAGAUUGGGACUCGUGAUUCAGUAGUAGUAGUGAAUUACUGAUUGAGAAAGCUAUGUACAUGCAUGGUAUAUUUGUUACAGACAUUUUGUUGAUUACCGAGCUGACUACAAAUACUUAGCUCCUGAUACGAUAGAAGUGUUGUCCAGUGUCUUGCUCGCAUUGCAAUUGAUCACAUAACCGCAGCACCACCCUUCGUGUCCACGCGGCGAUUGAUACCACCGAGAAGGACCUUGAUAAGCAUCUCAGCAUUCAGUUGGCCAAUAUAGGGUGUUGUGUCGACGAUAU